UCGACUACUAUUGAAAUGGCGGCCUCCAUCUCCACGAUGGCAGAUGAGGAGCCACGCUGUGUUGUUGAGUUAGGAUUUCUUGAAAAACGUGAGGCAUGGGCGCUAAAGAGCAGAUAUUUUCCCAGCAAAGUAGGUGGAAGACCAGCUUGGCUUCACUUGAAAGAUAUUCCUAAUGGCAAACGUCUUACUUGCCGUAACUGCGGUGAGCCAUGCGUUUUGCUGCUGCAAUUGUAUGCUCCGCGCGACGACGUCGAUUCUGCUUUUCACAGAACGCUCUUUGUGUUCGUUUGCGUAACUCCGAACUGUGCAAAUAAGCAUGACGCAGGCAGCUUUAUAGUCUUGCGGUCGCAGCUGGGCAAAGAAAAUUCGUUUUACAGCAGCCAACCUCCCGUGGAAUCCCCCGACACUCCGAACAGCCCUUCGGCCGAAGAUUUCUGCAAUAUAUGCGCCGUAUGCGGUGCUUUAGGCGACAAGACGUGCGCUAAAUGCCAUAGCCGUCACUAUUGUUCCAAGUCUCACCAAGUAUUGGAUUGGAAAGACGGUCACAAGGCUCGUUGCAACUCGCAGUGCUUCGAUAGCUGCGAAAGGACUUCGGCGCCACUGUUUCCAGAGUAUGAGCUCGUUACAGAGACAGAAGACGACGUUUGCAACAACGACGAAGGCUGUAAAACAGAUGAAGAAAGGCUGGCGGACUACUGCCAAUUUAUGACCAGUCAUCCGGAGUGUGAAAGUGACGGUGCAGAUGUCGCGGACCUGAACAAGAUGGCGGCAACCUGCCAAGAUAAGGUAUUUUGGAAGUUCAAGAAGACCAUUGAGAAAGCACCUGAUCAGGUGUUACGCUACAGUCUGGGCGGUACGCCUCUCCUGGUUGCGAAUAGAGGUGACCCUGGCGACGUGCCUUGUUGUUCCUGCGGUUCACAGAGGCAUUUCGAGUUCCAGGUUUUGCCGCAAUUGCUUAACAGCAUUACGGAGUCAACUAUGGAUAGCCUGGACUGGGGGACAUUAUUAGUCUAUACGUGCAAGGCCUCCUGCGACGGUGAACCGUACCAAGAAGAAUAUUUGUGGAAGCAAAAUUUCUGUGAGGAAUAGUCAUGAGCUUGCCUGUGUGCGCCGACUUCGGAAAAGUGUGAGGGAUGGGAUGUUUUUACGGCGAGCCAAGCUCGCCGUUUAACAAAGCAAAAAGAACGCUGGCAGCCUGGAAGAGCUUCAAAUGUAUGGACACUGUCACGGGGAUGCGUGGGUUUGCGUGGACGCUAUUGAAGCAUGUAUCACACAAUUCUGCACAUAGUACAUUUAACCAAUAACUAUCGCUUUGCACAUAAAAAAAGUGGUCUUGUCAAUAAUUUUCUUUUUAGAUUACUCUCUUCUUACACUUAAAGAGAGGAGACCAACUUCUGUGUCGUCUGUGAGCAAUGUUGAAUUGGGUGAGUUAGACUGCUGGCAACUGGGGAAGUGCAUUUAUUAUUUAGUGCAUAUGCAAGUGGUACAAUAAGCAGACAAAAUAUUUGUGGGAUUUGAGUGCAUGGGGGGGAGGAGGCAGGGGGGAGCAUUUGAACUUGCAGAAUUUAGGUGAUGUGUCAUAAUUGUGUGUGUUUGCAGUGGCAGUAAGAAUGCACAUUGAAUUUAAUUGAAUUUUAUUCUCCUUGAACAAAUAGACAAGGAAGGAGUAACCACAAAAAGCUACUGAGAUUAGUAGCUUGACGAGGUGUCUACCCCUUUACACAGCAGCAGUUAAUAAUUCUGAAAUCUCGCUGUAAAAAGAGUAGUUCUUUUUUGUGGGUGAACAGUAUGUCUGGAGUAAACGAUAAUUAUAAAAAUUGUGGACAUUUAUACCCUUAAAUUGUUUAAGGAGUUGCUGCGUGUGAAAAUCAUAUGGGACGUUUGCAAUCAUUCUCAUAAACUUCUUUUGAAUUA